GGAUCUCCAUUUGGACGUGACAUUUAGGAUAUACUCACACAACACUACCAAGAUGCAUUCACAUUUGGCAAAUAGACAAGACGUGGACUAAGUAAUACCUAAAAAGACCAUGCAAUGACUAUCACAAACAGAAUGCUCCAGAUGUAUGAAUUACCAUACUAAAUGCUCCCGUAGCUACAUGAGAUUACUAUAACAACCAUGGCUUGUAUAUGUGCCCCCUAUACGUGUAGCCCAUCACUAACACCAACAACAGCGAGAUUUGCCCGAGACCUCGCAUACUACAUUGAAUCCAAUGACUGCCUUAGUAUCGAGGGUCUAUUCUCACAGAUUGACGAUAAAGGGAAGCUCCGUGAUAUCAUCUCAGCGGAGAUUCCCAUUGAUUAUUAUGGCAGGGGAACCUGUUUGCAUCUUGCUUCAUGGUUAGGAUAUACAGAUAUAUUACAAUUUCUGUUCAAGACCAAAGUUCGUGCAAAUUUACCGCAAUCUGAUGGCCGUAUUCCGUUACAUGCUGCAGCAGAAGCUGGGCAUACAGACACCGUGAAAUUCUUGAUUAAUCGGUUUAAUAUUGAGCGUCACAUCAAAGUUAGUAUACAAGAUAGACGUGGCCAAACAGCGCUGCAUAAAGCAUGUCACGGUGGACACGCAGACACUGUUAAACUCCUUAUAUGGUGUGGCGCUCGUGUCAACAUUAAAGACAUUCAUGGGCAGACCCCACUGCAUAAAGCAAUCCAUGGGGACAAGUUGAGCCUGAUAGAAUUUUUAGUGGUAAAUGGAGCCAAAGUUAAUAAACAAGACCGUAUAGGCAGGACUGCACUUCAUUUAGCAACCGCAGAAGGCAAAGACAAUAUCGCUGAGUUUUUAGUUGCCAUGGGAGCUGAUUUAGAUAUCACAAAUAAGAGCCGUAAUACUCCAUUAGACCUGUGUGAUCGUGAACUGAGACAUAAACUGAAAAGGAUUAUGCAACGUGCGUCAUUUUUAAUCGAUCAAGCAAGCUCAAAACCUCAUAAAAACAAAAAGAAGGCAAUUUUAGAAGGAAUGAAAGAGACACCACUCAUAUCAAAAUUGAGGAACUUAGUCACAUCAACCCCAACUAAGGAUCUAAGAUAUCAGCUUAUGUCGGGAAGUUCAAGGAAUUUAUCAAAAAGUACACCACAUCUUCCCAGCUCAAACACCAUCUAUAGCUCAGAUUCAACACUAUGUGACGAAAAACCAAAGGAAGUUUACAAACCUCGUUUUCGCAAGAAAAAGGAUUACUCUCCACCGACCCAAAAACUAUAUAUACCAAAAAGACAAACAGACACAGAAUCGAUAAUUAGUGAGUCAGUUUCAACGGCAUAUGAGUCUGGAUAUUACGCUGACCCCGAACUUGAAUCCACAGACCAGGAAGGAGGGUUUGAUGCAUCCCCCUAUCUCGAGGGGCCCAAACCUUGGUCCCCCAUGCACAGAUUCAAUACAAUCCUCUCCCCAAGGUAUGAUGAUUCGGACAGUGACGACGGUGGAUUUAAACGAUCAUCAUCAACCAAAAGUUCGCCAACUAAAACCAAACGUCCAGAAUUCAACAAAAAUGGGUAUAAACAGAUUGAAAACACCAAUCAUCAUUUGUAUGGGACAUUGCUGUAGUAACAAAGUGUUUUCCGAUAUAUACUUUUGUUUUACAUUAUGUAUGUUCAUUGGUUAGAUAAGUUUAAAGUGUUAAGAUUAUGUAUGGUGAAACUUGUGUGUAUAGUUAAUACUUGUUUCUCAGUAAGUCCUCAUUCUGAUCUGAUGAUUUAGUGGUUUGGUCAGGAAUCAAGAAUGUGCUGGUAGCAUAGAAGUCAAUGGAGAUUUAUCUAUGUCUGCUUGUAUGUCCUAAAAGAACUUAACAAAGGUGUCUACAAGACAGAAGUGUUCACCAGACAAGGUGUUCUCCAGACUGUGGGAUCACCAACCAGCAUUGUUUACAAGACACGGUAGUUCACAAGAAAAAAUAUUCAUUAGAGGUAUUCACUGAACAAGCUGAUCAUUAGACAGAUAUGUUCAUCAAGCAUCAGAGCAUCAAAAGGAGUGUUUACCAGACAGAGGUGUUCACCUGAAAAAUAUUCAUCGAAGAGGUGUUCAUUAUAAACUGGUUUUCACUAUUUCUGCAUCCUCCCCACACAGGCCUUCAGAACUAGUACCUCAUUCCUCUGGAAGUAUGAAGAAGGUAGGAAUGUAGUGGAUGAAGUCUUGAGCCCUACGUUGUUCGGAGGAUGCUGUUUCUGUAUCAAACAUAAUCUAAACUCCAUAAUCAUUAUUGAUACAUCACAUCCAUUGUGCUGUUAGUACAAUGAAAAGCCAAUGGUGUAGUAUCAAAGAAUGAUGCAAAAGCUCAUCAUGUGAGCUAAAAACCAGUGAAAUCCAAAUUGCAUUUUUAAUUGUUUUUUAUUUAAUCAUUUUAGCAUAAUCCAAAUUGUGAAACAGUCAGUGCCACUGUCACAUUAGCUCAAUUUGAAGACAAAAAAGUAUGUUAAGGGAUGGGGUAAUAGAAGUUAGUGAUCAAACCCCAUGAUACCAUGAGUUUUUAUGGUAUCAUAGCUAUGAGGGCUGAUUUGGACAAAAGAGGCACACUUAGGUGUGGCCCAUUGAAGGAACCCCAGGCCUGCAGCCAGGGGGUCUGUGGGUUUCAUGAAAUUUUUCACCAUUCUGAAUCAUUUUCAAGUAAAUAUGGGUCAAAGUUGUCAAAUGCGAUCACCCUGGAAUUUUUUCGAAAAGUGCCCCCCCCCCUUGGCAAAAGCAGGUAAUGGGCCUAGAGCCCCCUCUUAUUAAAUGCCGACUGAAGGAACAUGUCUACCUCAGAGCAAUGAUGACGUCCUCAACAGUUUGAAUCUCUCAGUAACUCUUGAAUAGUUUCUCUUGCCUUAUUGCAUUUUCUCCAACGAGACCGAAAGAUGUGUUUAGAAUGUUAGGCCCGAGUAAUUUAAUUCUAUGUUUAUAUUCAUUUUUUAUAUUUUUAAUUACGAUAAUUUUAUUAAGAUGAAGAAUCAUUUGGCGACAAUAUUGAUUAAAACACAAAUACCCUGUCAAAAUAAAUGAAAUAUGUUAGAGUCAAGAUUUAUUUUCAAUGUUGCACGGUCCUUAUUCAUU